AUGGACCUCCAAAAUCUCCGAAUAGCUUUGUUUGAUGCACUCAAGCCUUAUGGUGACGAAGAAGGCAAGCUUCCGCGAGCUCUCAUUGAGCGACUGCUGCGGCGGUUUUCUGAGGAGAAGCUGCAGCUUCAUCUAGGCAAAGUUCUUCAGGAGGUGGCAGGAAAAACAGACUCCGUUGAUAUCAAGCAAUUUGUCAAUUGGGUUUGUGAAGAGCCAGAGGAUCGUCCAAGUGACCGCUCCACAUUUAAAAAAAGGUUCCAGAAAGGCACCGCAACAUUGAAGAAGGUUCAAUGCUUCAGAACGAAGGAGCAGUCCAUGUUGCUGGGAGUCAGCAUUGCCUUUCUGUCCACCGACUUCUUGGCGGAGGUGGAAUACCAUUUUGGCAAAGGAGCUGAUCCUGACUACCAUGAGAUCAACCCAGUGAUGCUCUAUGGUCCCAAGGCCAGAGGUUUCGGCAUGGAGUGUCCAAGAGACAAAAAGAUGGGCAGCAGCUAUGCCGAUGCUUUGGAUGCCAAACACACUGGUCCCGCUUCUGUCAUGCUUUCAUGGACCUGGCAAUAUAGUGUCCGGACCGUGGUCACCUCGUUGCUCCGCUGGUGUGAGCGUUCGCAACUGAAUCCCUUGAGAACCUAUGUGUGGCAGUGCGCCCUUUGCAACAAUCAAUUUCGAGUUGCAGAGAAGCGCGCAAAUCACGAAACUGAAGACUUUGACACGUUUCGGACCGUCUUUGAAAGCAGAGUGCACAGCACUGGGCACAUUUUAGCGUUGCUAUCGCCUUGGCAUCGUCCAAUGUACACCACUCGAAUUUGGUGUGUAUUCGAGCUUUGGGUGGCUUGCCAGAGCAAGGAUGUCAAGUUGGAGGUGAUCCUGUCGGAGCAAGCUGAAGCAGAGUUUCAUCAGUCGUUGUCAGCUGAUGGUGUGGUGAGUGUUUGGAAAGCUCUGGGCAGAGUGCAGAUCCAAAAGGCCAAAGCCUCGGUGCCGGAAGAUCGUGCCAACAUCAUGCGCCUGGUGGAACCAGAUGUGACCACAGACGAGGAGUACUGGGCUUCAGAGAAGGUCAACAAGCUGAAUCAGGUGGUGGUCCAGCGGCUCCAGGCCUGGUGCGCAGAGGCUGCAGCCCAAUUUGCGGAACGAAGCCUUGAGGAGAGCAUCGCGGUGAAGCCCAAGGCCUGUGCCAAUACCUCCUGGCUGCUGAUGGAGGUGAACGAUUGGCAUCGUGCCAUGGCAUUGCUGGUACAAGGCCGGCAGGCUUUGGAACGGCUGGGAAAAAAAGGAACUUUGGAGGACGCUUGGCUGCUCAAAUGUAUGGGCAACUGGCACACAGACCUUGGGCACUAUGAGGAGGGCAUGGAUCACUUGAAACUGGCAAAAGAAGCUAUGGAGGCUUCCGGUGCCUCAGGCACUGUCGAAUACGCUCGGUUGCUACGGACCAUCGGAAAAAGCCUCAUUGGGCAAGGUCACGUGGAGGAUGCCAUGGCGAUGCUCAAAUUGUCGCAAGAUGCGUUCAUCCGGGCAGAGGCCACGAACACUCCGAACUAUGCUGUUUGUUUGAGAAGUAUCGGCUUCUGUUUCGGAGAGCUGGGAGAUCUGUCAGAGGCCAUGCUGCACUACAGCGAAGCCAAAGCAGUGUUUGAAAUGACUCAAUCCACAGGAACUCCAAAUUAUGCAGGACUCCUGACGGACAUGGGAAGAUGUAAACUCACCGAGAGGGAGUUGGAUGAUGCGAUGGAGCUUUUUCAACAAUCACUCCAUGCCUUCAAAAUGGCUGGCGCAGAGAAGUCAAAGAACUUUGCAGACCUGCUCCAUUUCAUGGGUGUUUGUUUGUUUGAGCAGGGCAAUUCCAGCGAGGCCUUGAGGUAUUUCUCCGAGUCUAAGGAGACCUUCAACAGGUGUCAUUUGAACAAGACCACCAACUACGCAGCACUUUUGGCCAACAUAGCUGACUGUCUGGAGCAUCAAGGCAUGACUGAAGAGUGCGAGGAGAUGAGGAAAGAGGCCACUGAGAUUUACAAGGCCGCCAAUGUAGCGCAGGAGGUUCUGGAGCACAUGUCUCCCUUGGAGAGGAGACGACAGCGCGUCGCAAACUCUCCGCAGAAGGGAAUGACAUCGGCUCUCACUUUUCACAUGUCUGAAAGCUCUUUUGCAACCCUGGAAACUCCGGCGCGCAGUGAGCAGCAAUUCAGCUCUCGCGUACGCGGUGUGAAAAGGUUUGGAGCUGAUGGUUGGAAGAUGUUGGAAGAUGUUUGGCAAACUGGGACCAUGCAAUGGGAUGGGCAUGAGAAUGACAUGGGGUGGUACCGUGGCGAAGGUGAUGCAUCGCUGCCUUUGAGCCCAGCGGUGGUCGCUAGUUUGGACGAGUCCAGCUUCACUUCCUAUGUAAGGAAAGGUCUUCCUGUUGUUAUUAAGAAUGGUUUCGAAGGCACCAACUUCGAUGUGAUUGAAGAGCCGGACAAGUGGAGCUGUGAUGCAAUAGCGAAGAGAUUCCCAACUGGCAGAAUGAAAAUGGAGUACACUGCCGGUGGAGGUGGCCAAGAUAAUCCCAUUAGCCUCAAGGAUGUGGAUAGUUGGUCCAAAACCAUCGAAAGCAGUGGCGCACCUGACAAAGAGGCGCCGCAAUUCGCCCCGCUCUACUGGGGAGUUAAAGGUGCUGAUGAUGGUGAGCGGCUUUGGGAUGGCAAGAAGGACUUGCUGAAACAGAUGCGGAAACUCAUGCAGCCUUUGCCAAAGUUUCUGCGCCAGACGCAGGCAAAUCAACAAGAGAUCUUGGGAAGUCCCGAGUUUUGGUUUGCACGUUCUGGAGCAGGUGCAAAGGCUCAUAUGGAUGGACAUUGCGAAAGCACUUUGACAUUGCAGCUGGCUGGAAGGAAAAAGUGGAGGCUAUCCUGGCCUCCGAGUAUCAGCAAUGGUAGCUUUGCCAAGGAUGGCCUGCUUGCAGAUGGAGAGCCAUACCAGGCCAAGGGUGGCUGGACGCCGACGCACAUCGUGACGCUGGAACCAGGUGAGGCUCUACUGAUCCCACCAGCUUUUGUACACGAGAGCAAAAAUGUUGGGCCUGAGGCCUGUGCUCCUUCUUUGACGUUUCAGUUUGCAGAUCCAGCAGCGGCAGGCUUUUUCCGGCAUUUCUACCCUCGCUUGCGGCGUUUGGGUGAUUUCAACGAGUGCUGGGAGCGUGUGUCUGCGCUGGCAACCUUUGACCGCAGCCAAAACGGGCUGGUGGCAAGGCUAAAGCAGCUGGCGUCUACAUCAAUAGCGAAGCUUUCAAAAUUGGAGAGUGCAGACGGUGCAAGCAGCGAGCUUGCCAGUGCUGUACUGCAGGCGACCAAGCAGGCCUGGUCCAACGUGCUCAGCGCAGCGGACCGAAACCACGAUGGCCGAUUGACCAGGGAUGAUGUUGCCAACGACUUCCAGUUGCAGGGCAGCCUCGAUUUCCAUGAUCUCAAUGAAGAUGAGGAAGUCACAGAGGCCGAGUUUAAGUCUGGAUUUGGAAGUUGGUUGAUGACUGAGGUUCUGGUGAUGCAGGAGAGGAAGCAAAAGCCAAAGCUACUGAAGCAUUUGGAGUUCUAA